AUUCAAGUAUAGACUGGUUGUCCGACGUGAUUGUUACUUGAACAUCCACCAAUCGACAUUUCUAUUAUAGCAAGAAUCUUCGUCUUGGUUCCAGAUAAACGGCACGACGUCUAUAUAUGUCUCGCUUCGGUCUCGCCACUGCGAUUUUGCUUGCUUCGAUUUCCAUACUGUACACCCUUACACCAGAGCACAUAUCGUACCUCACCAAAAGUAACAUCAGCAGCCUGUUGAACUUCACCAACACGCCCUUCAUAAACAGCAAAGCACAGAAACCAGAUCAGCAACCUAUGCUCAAGUCCGCUGCCAACAUGUCCAAGUCUGCACUCCGCCAGGCAAAGAUCACGCCCCACCGGUCCAGCGCCCGCGGGCACGCCGACCAUGGCUGGCUCAACACAUACCACAGUUUCUCCUUCGCCAGCUGGUACAACCCAGACUUCACCAAAUUUGGCAGCCUGCGGGUCCUCAACGAGGACCGCGUCAAGGCCAACUCUGGCUUUCCGACGCAUCCGCAUGGCGACUUUGAGAUCUUUAGCUACAUCUUGUCUGGCGAGCUGACGCACCGCGACUCCAUGCUCGCCAAGGGCAAGGAGGGCGGCCAGUCGGACAAGUUCUACCGCAUGCACCGCGGCGACGUGCAGUUCACGACCGGCGGCACGGGUAUCGCGCACUCAGAGUUCAAUGAGCACAAGUCGGACCCGGUGCACUUUCUGCAGAUUUGGGCCAUUCCCUGGAAGCGCGGCCUGACGCCACGCUACCACACAAGGCAUUUCGAGGAGGAGGACAAGCGCAACGGCUUCGUAACGAUCCUGAGCCCGCUCAAGGGCGGCGAGGACGCUACGGCUCAGCAGGAGAAGGACGCCGAGCCGGUCAUCCCUGGUUCCAUCCCCAUCCACGCCGACUUCGCCAUGGGGGCGGGGCUCAUCGCGCCGAGCGCGAACUUCGAGUGGACAGUCGGCGCGACGGCGACUCAGGCGGCCAAGCGUAAGGUCUAUGUGCACGUGUGCAUGACGAAGAACGGCAAGGCAAAGAUUCGCCUGGAUGGACGUGAGGAUGCUGAGCUUGCCGAGGGCGACGGCGCCUUCAUCGAGGGGGUGAACGCCGGGGACAAGUUGGCAGUGGAAAGCAUUGGAGAGGCCGAGGCCGAGGUCGUCGUUUUGGACACGGCGUAAGCUAGGAAUUGCGGGAGGGUUAAAAUGUACAUUCUUAGGCAAAUUGUAGCGCAAUGAAGCAAAACAUGGC